AUGGAUAAAAGUCAAGAGAAUGGUUCUGAUAAGACUGAAUACGACAAAAUCAUGCAGCCCAAAAGACUGCUAUCCUGUUAUUGUUCACCUACAAAAGCAUUCAAUGAUGAACAUAAAACAAAUCGUCUGCCUUCGCAUCAUGAACUUUUUUUUGUUACUGCUCACCAAGGGAACGUUAAUAAUAUAGGUGCAGUGAUUGAAUUAUGGCUUCGCCAGCUGAAUCAUGAAAUCGAUUCUAUAAAGGAGUUAUUUCAACAGAUUAUGAAAGAUGAAAGAAAGGGACUUGAUAUUGUUAGAAGACUAAGACGAUGUUGUGAAAUUCUGAAGUCUUUAGAAGAGCAUAUAUCUCGAUUAAUCUCAAUCAUGACAACAAAAAAUGUAUCUGAGUCACUAGCUACCUUAAAUAAAAUUCCAGCAAAAGCUGUGCAAGCCCAGUUAGUAAGCAAUGAAGUAGCCAUUUUAAAUACAAUGCACACAGUGGAAUUUUUUGAAUUCAGAUCUACUCUUGGUCGUGGCUCAGGUUUUCAAAGUAAAAAUUUUCGGCUAUUGGAGAAUAAACUAGGACUAAAAAGGAAAACCAUUAGUUCUCUUCAAUUCAUUCUUAAUAGUGAAGAGCUUGCAGAAUAUGAUCAAGAAUCUGUUAUGGCUGAAGAAAACAAGUCUUCUCUUCGUGAUGUAGUAGAACUUUGGUUGGAAAAUAGCAAGGUGAUACAGUUCGUGUUCCAUAAAGACAAUUUCUGGAAAAAAUUUACAAAUGUUGUAACAGCGAUGUUAAAAGCUAAUCGCGAAAUAGCGGAGCAGAGAAACGACGACAGUGAAGAAAAAGUUGAUUCAAUUAGAGAGUGCGAAAAGAUGGAGAGAUGGUAUGAUUCAUUAUUUGAUCCAGAAAAGCACAAAGCUUGCAUAGAAAGAGGAGAAAGAAAUUUUUCUCUGCAGGCCUUUAGAGCUGUUAUCGCAAUCUAUCGUUAUAGGUAUGAGAUGCGAUUUCAAGUGCCUUUCAUGAUUAUAAAUUUAUUGCAGGACUUAGAUCAAGCAAUUCUUGAAUUUCGUUUGAGCCAUGCAGCCAUGGUGCAUAAAAUCAUAGGUAACAAAUCUGGCUUGGCGCAGACUUCCGGCUAUACUUAUUUAAAAGCAACCACAGGGGAAAGGCUCCGAGUUUUUGUCGAUUUAAUUAAUAUUUCUUCCUUCUUGAUCGAAGAUGACAAGUUACCAGAUAUACCCGAAGAUCUGUUUAAGAAGCUCAAUUUUCCUCCGUUACCAUGA